GAUCAGGUUAUAAAAGUUAAGCAUUGUGUUAAUGUAUAAUCAUAUUAACCCACAGGUUUUGCGCAUAAAGAGAGUAACAGUUGGGUUAAGUCAGUUUCCAAGGUUUGCAUACGCACUAGACAAUAUGAUAGAUGUUGUGGAGAGAUAUCCUGUAGUUUUGGGAUCGACUUACUAUGGAAUCCAAACUGAAAGGUGUAUUUCGUUCUAUUUGUGUACUACCAAUGGCAACAAGAUCAAUGAUUUUAUAGAAGAGGAAAUAAAAAAUGGAAAGUUCAUUAAAAUGGAAGAUGUUGGCCCCCUGGAACAAUUUGUUGAGUCUCAAGAGCUGUCAGAUGUUUUUUGCUUUGAAUUACACAAGAAGUAUGAACAUAUAAUGGGAAAAAUAGGCAAGGGAACAGACAUUGUUUUCAUCCUAAACGAUUCUGACAGAGAAGCCCGAGGUUUUUCGGAUAUCAAAACCACAGAUUCAAACAAAAACGGUUUCUUUCUUCAAACAUGUAACAACUGGAAACAGAUAGAUACAGUCUUAGAAAAAUGGCUUUUUCAAAGCUUCAAUACAGUUUGUCUUGAAUUGGCAAGAAAUAUUGAAUCUAAUCAUAUUGCAAAAAGCACACCAGAUAGAUGUGCACAUGAAGAAAAACAAACAGGCAAGCGUACAUCCUGGAGUCAUCAGAUUGAAAAAGAGGAUCAUCACAAACAGAAGAAAGAGAAUUCGACCGAACACAAAGUUCUUCGAGAGAAUGGGCAGGCCAAUGAGCCAAACAUAUUCUACAUACGAGAAGGUAUUCUUUCAACUUUGCGGGAGGAUAUAAAAGUAUGUCUUAUGACAGAGAUGAUUGGGCUCUUUAAUAUGAGUGAUAUCAGUUUUGAAGGUAUUCCAAAUAUUUUCAAGGACAGACAUAAUAUGGAUAUUAAAAAGAUUAGCAGAGACCUGUUUUCAAAGGUUGAUGGUCUUCAUGGUAUUGGAUAUCGUAUGCAGAAGCUACAAGUUGUUGUGAAAGACGGCCAAAUGUUUGAAACAGAAGAAAAACAAAGGAAGCUUCGACAAGCGUUAAACGACCUUAACGUCUACGAGUACGAAAUCGUUCCAUUUUCAAUGAAUAAAUAUCUAACAUCCGGCGACGAAAUCGCUGUUGGUGGGAAUCGCGGAAGUUUUGGAUGCUUUGCAAAAACGCAAGAAACAAAAGACGAGUCGACGAUGAUUUGUGGACUUUUGUCAAAACAUGUAGCGUCAACAAGUGAGCUGAACACAAGUCAGCAAGAAAUCGAAUUACGUUUGAUAGAAGACGGUGAACCAAAAGGUGUUGGCAAUAUAAUACGCAAGACUAUAUGUAAUGGCUGUCUUGAUAUAGCAGCAGCGGCUCUUUCCAUAACAGAAGACGAAUGUGACACAAGAUUUAAAACAGCAAGUGGUUUACCACGGAAGUCUGGCAAAUUAUAUCACAGUCGAUCUAAAGACCUAUUAGGACAAAAAGUUCAUAUGUGGGGAGCUAAAUCGAAGCCUGGCAAGGGAAUUAUAACAGUACCAGAGUACAUAUGCGAAGGCAUGGAUCAUUCUCUAAUUCAAGUUGAAGAUAUGGUUGAUGGAAACGGAAUUGUAAAAAAACGAUUCGCUCAACCUGGUGAUAGUGGUGCUAUUGCCUGCACUGAUGUUCCAGGGCAAGACUUUGUCAAUCUUGUCUCAAUGAAUAUGGGAUGCCUGAAUUAUAAAGAAGUUGAAGAAGAUGACGAACGAAAAAUAAAGAAGCAAAAGGGAAAAUAUCUCACAGUACCAUUGCCGAGCGGUCUCGAAGAAAUAAGCAAGAGAAUUGGGAAAAACGUUGAGCUUUUCUAAAUAAAACCGGACAAAGUCCUAAGUUUUAAUAAAUGUUAUAAAACCAAAUGUUAAACAGUUAUGCGUUCUAAAGAAAGUCGUCUUAACCGAUCUACUUUAGUACUCCUAUAUCAAAUUUCGCAAAACAUACUUAUUUAUCAACCAGUAAUAAUUUUAUUCCAGGAUUGUAUAUAUAUAUAUAUAUAUUUGUAAAUAUGUGUUUAAUAAAUACCGACUUGUACUUGACUUAUGAUAACGUUUGAAAUGUUUUACAUCAGAAAUGUAUUUGUAAGGUUUCGCAGAAAUUUCUUAAUCGUGUUAAUAUUCCAGAAUUUGUAAGAUAAUAUUCAGUGAAAUGUUAUUGUAAUCAUGUAACUGUUGUUUGUGUGACAUGUUCGCAUGCAUUCUGAUAUAUGUGUUGUUCCAUUGUGUACUAUAAUUGUAAAACGGUAACUGUAUACAAUCAUCUGUGCAAUUUCAACAUUUGUUCUGUCAAUUUGUUUUGUCGAAAUUGUCUACUUUCUGUUUCGUCUCGACAACGGUGCUGAUUUUCAUGUACAUAUAUUUACAAAAGAUUUUAGCAAAAAGUUCAUAUAUAUCAUAAUAUUAUGUAACAUAUAUUGUGAACUUAUUGAUCUUAUAGUGAAUUUAUUUUUACGUUACAAGCAACUAUUGUUUUUACUAUAAUCAGAUAUACAAUUUGUGUGUCCUUGAUUUAUAUGAGAGCUUGCCAAAUAAAUUGAUCAAAAGUUUUGGCAUCGCAGCCGCUAGGUCACACCAAAGUGUUAAGGACCCUGUAUGUUUUAUGAUUGAUAUACUAUGUGUGAACCACACUUGCAAAAAGUUAUAUAUGUAUAUAAUUAUGCAAAUAAAACAAUUUUCAAACAUCGAAGAAUAUGUAAAAAUUUAAUGUGUACUGCAAAUAUGUGUGCACAUUAUAUUUAAUCAGUAAAUUAUAUGCAUUCAUUUCUUAUUGGAACAUUUGACUUAGAAUAUAUAGAAAAUAAAUUUCUAAUUUUUCCUUUAUUUACAUUAAAUGUUAAAUUGGGUAUUAAGGGUAUAUAUUGGAACUUACAAUAUUGACAAAUCUUUAUUUGAGCAUCAUAUCUAUGACAUAAAACCAUGACAAAAAUGUGUUACAGGAACUUUAACGUUAUGAUGAUUUGGUAUUUUCAGUAUGAAGUGAAGCUUCUAAGUAUUAAGUUCAGUUAAGUCUAAAUAUCAUAUUCUAAUGUAGUUUUACUGUCCCUAUGAACUGCAUCACUCUUUAGUGGCAUUUAAAUGCUAAUACCUAAAAUACUUAAAUUUAAACUCACGGCUACCGCAACAAAUUAAAAUGGCAAUGAAGCAUAAGUCGUAAAGGGUAUCAAGCUAAAUGUUAUGAAACAGUUUAAUAAAAUUUAUAGAAAGUUAUCAAUAGUAAUAAUAUAGCUUUCAUUAAACAUUCUCACAUUACAUAAACCAUUAUGUUGCAAUCAUAUAUGUUCAUGCUAUGUGUCAUUUAUGUAUUACAUGUUAUAUUUGUAUAUAUAAUAUGUUUUUUAUGCAUACACCAAGAAAUAAAAGUUCUGUUCUGUUCUAUACCAUAAUCCUAUGGUUAUACUCAGAGGAGUUGUAGCAUAAGAUGUCAUGGUAUGUAUAAUGGCAUUUUUAAAGAGGUACUUAGAAAUCAUAUUGAUCACAAUUCAUCAUUACUUAUGUAGGACAUUUUGUUCAAGCUUACCUUUCAGAGUGUCAGAUAUUUAAAAUUCCAAUAAUUAUCAAGGGAUGUAACAAAGUUAAUUAAUGUAAAAUGUCAUAAAUCUAAAGUAUAAUAGAGAAACACCAGAUGGAGUAUUUUAUUAUUCAAUAAAGUCUUGUAUUUAUCUAAGUCUUAUAUUUAUGUAUAUUUUUGUCAUAUACAUCAAGUGGAUAAUUGAGGACAUGCUAGUAGUAUUUUUAACAGAUCUUGCAAUAUACAACACAUAUUUUUGAAAAU